GAUAUUGACAAUAUCGGAGAAAUCACAUUGAUUGAUUGCUAUUAACUGCGAUAACAAAGAACCAUAUUUUGAAAACAAGUUAAAACAAUAUGACAAAUUGCAAAAUAAAAAUAAUAAUUUUUUGAGUUUUAUAGACCUCUUAUAGUUUGUGCUGGCAGUAAUGUUAAUUGCUCUCUAUAUACAAGACGUUGGCAACCCUAGUAAAUUCGCGCAACCUCACGUUGACCCUUUCCCACACCUGUUAUUGAGUUAUAAGCUAGAAAGAGAUCGCGACUCAGGUCACGAAAGUUGAAACUUCAUUUUAAGUUUUUUUGUUCCCUGAAAAAAUUAUACUAGACAAGAAGGAAAAAAGAGAAAAGUUAGUGAAAGAAUAUUUUAAUUGCGGAAAAAAUAGUAUUUUUCAGUUUGAAAAGUCGCCAAAUUAAAGACAAAUAAGUGUAAUCUAUUUUUAGUGUUUUUAUCAGAGGUAUUUCACCCCUUACAAGAAAACAAAGCAAGACAAGAUGACGUGGGAACCGCAAGCCGAAGGUUUACAGCAAAUAAUUACAAUCCUCAAGCAGUCUCAGUCUCCGGACACUGCCACUCAAAUGGCAGUUCAACUGAAACUGGAGGAAUUGAAUCAGUAUCCCGAUUUCAAUAAUUAUCUUAUCUAUGUUUUAACUAAACUCAAAACGGAAGAGGAGCCAACACGCUCUCUAAGCGGUCUAAUUUUGAAAAAUAAUAUACGAAUGCAUGGAAACAACUUGCAGCCUGAAAUUGUCGAAUAUAUAAAGCAUGAAUGUUUACAAGCUAUUGGUGAUCCCUCACCGCUAAUACGUGCUACUGUUGGUAUAUUAAUAACGACUAUCGCCAGCAAUGGCGGUCUGCAAAAUUGGCCUCAACUACUACCCUCCCUAUGCGAUAUGCUAGAUUCACAAGAUUACAAUGUGUGUGAAGGUGCUUUCAGUGCAUUACAGAAAAUAUGCGAAGACUCGGCUGAAAUACUUGAUUCGGCAGCACUCAAUCGGCCAUUAAACGUUAUGAUACCGAAAUUCCUGCAAUAUUUCAGUCACAAUAGCCCAAAGAUUCGCUCACAUGCCAUAGCUUGUAUAAAUCAAUUUAUUGUAAAUCGAUCACAAGCUUUGAUGCUUCACAUAGACACGUUCAUUGAAAGUUUAUUUAACCUAUCUUCUGAUGAGGAUCACGAGGUAAGAAAGAAUGUAUGCCAUGGCUUGGUUAUGUUGUUGGAAGUGCGUAUGGAUCGUUUGUUGCCGCAUAUGCCACAAAUUAUUGAGUAUAUGUUGAUACGUACUCAGGACCCAGAUGAAGGUGUGGCCCUUGAAGCUUCGGAAUUCUGGUUAUCUCUUGCUGAGCAGAAUAUUUGCAAGGAAGUGUUGGCGCCAUAUUUGGGACAACUGGCACCUGUGUUGGUACGCGGAAUGCGGUAUUCUGAAAUUGAUAUUAUCCUAUUAAAAGGAAAUGUUGAAGAGGAUGAUAUGGUGCCGGAUCGAGAGGAGGACAUACGUCCCAGAUUCCAUAAAUCUCGUACGCAUACAAUCAAAUCCGGUGAAACAGGUGUUGAUGAUGAUGAUGAAGACGACGUGCUAGAUGACGAUAGUUCCCUCUCUGAAUGGAAUUUACGAAAAUGUAGUGCAGCCGCACUGGACGUAUUAGCAAAUGUCUUCCGCGAAGAAUGUCUACCCAUUGUUUUGCCUAUCCUCAAGGAUACACUGUUUCACCAGGAAUGGGUUAUCAAGGAGAGUGGUGUAUUGGCAUUAGGCGCAAUUGCCGAAGGUUGCAUGCAAGGAAUGAUACCGCAUCUGCCCGAACUGAUACCCUAUUUGAUCAGUUGUUUGUCAGAUAAAAAAGCGCUAGUUCGUUCCAUCACUUGUUGGACAUUAUCACGCUAUGCUAAUUGGGUUGUAAAUCAGCCACAUGAUCAAUAUUUAAAACCAUUAAUGGAAGAAUUGCUUAAGCGUAUACUAGAUUCCAACAAGCGCGUACAAGAGGCAGCCUGCUCUGCAUUCGCUACACUUGAGGAAGAGGCUUGUACUGAACUGGUGCCAUAUUUAGAAUAUAUAUUGAAAACGCUAGUGUUCGCUUUUUCGAAAUAUCAGCAUAAAAACUUGCUUAUUCUAUAUGAUGCAGUUGGCACGCUAGCCGAUUCGGUUGGCCACCAUCUGAAUAAACCACAAUAUAUUGACAUUUUGAUGCCACCAUUAAUAGAGAAGUGGAAUUUACUUAAGGAUGAUGAUAAGGAUUUGUUUCCUCUAUUGGAGUGUUUGUCAAGUAUCGCCACCGCAUUGCAGUCAGGAUUCUUACCUUAUUGCGAACCAGUUUACCAACGUUGCAUAUCGCUGAUAGAACAAACACUGAAUCAGGAUAUGGCUUGUAAAACAAAUCCUGGUUUCGAGCAUCCCGAUAAGGAGCGCAUGAUUGUUGCAUUAGAUUUGCUAUCAGGUUUGGCUGAAGGUUUAGAUGGACAUAUUGAAUCUUUAGUCGUCAAGAGUAAUAUAAUGCAAUUGCUCUAUCAAUGUAUGCAAGAUGUGCUGCCAGAGGUGCGACAAUCAUCGUUUGCCUUAUUGGGCGACUUGACAAAAGCCUGUUUUCAACAUGUGCAUCCAUUCAUGUCCGAAUUCUUUCCGAUUUUGGGUCAAAAUCUAAAUCCUGAUUACAUUUCUGUAUGUAAUAAUGCUACCUGGGCAAUUGGUGAAAUAUGCAUGAAACUAGGUGAGGAAACUCGACAGUACAUACAUCUCGUACUCAACGAACUGUUCGUGAUUAUAAACAGACCAAAUACACCAAAAACGCUGCUCGAAAAUACAGCAAUAACAAUCGGUCGUCUAGGUUAUGUGUGCCCAGUUGAAGUGGCUCCUUAUUUGCCAGAAUUUGUACGACAGUGGUGUACAUCUCUGCGUCAUAUAAGAGAUAAUGAUGAGAAGGAUUCAGCAUUUCGAGGAAUGUGUCACAUGAUUACAGUGAAUCCCGGUGGCGUAGUGCCAGAUUUUAUAUUCUUCUGCGAUGCAGUGGCUUCAUGGGUGAAUCCGCCACAAGACUUGCAUCAAAUGAUACAAAAGAUAUUGCAUGGCUUCAAAACCCAGGUGGGUGAAGAAAAUUGGCGUCGUUUCGUCGAUCAAUUCCCGCCAAAUCUUUCCGAGCGUCUGGGCGCUAUGUACAACAUUUAAAGAGCAAAUGUGUACUGAACAUUGGGGGAAUUGCUUGAAACUGGAGCAGGAGUAGAGAAAACACAUAAAAGCUACCAAAUUGGUACAAGACACAUGAGUAGCCAAACAAAAAGGUACUGGGAGAAAAGUCAAAAAAGGGAAUGGAGUUGGGGAAAAAACUACAAUAGAAACGGAAUCGGCUUACUGGUAAAUACAACAUUGCCUACUGUAUCACACCAGGCAAUAUGGAAAGAGAAGAAUUUACAAAAGCGUUUGCUUGUUAUGCAGCAACAAUAGAUGGUUUAAAAUUUUUGUCAGUCGUAAGUCCUCUUUCUCUUAUAUAUAUAUAUAUAUACAUAUAUGUGAAAGUUGCGAUAUUGAGGUACUAUUUUAAAAGUACACAAAUCCUUUAUUAUAACUAUAUGAUGCUAACCGCCAUUACGCAAAAAAAAGUAUUUCAAUAAUAAAUACGUUUGAGAUCGUAAAUUGAAAAGCAGCAAAUGUAAGAGGUUUAAGCUUGAAGAAAAGUAAAAAGAAAACAAAAAAACAUUAGAAGGCAAAAAUGUUUCAAUCAAAACUUUUUCCUUAACUUUAACACAAAUCUUACACAAUCAUACUAAUCACAACUAAUAAAAUAAACAGAAAAUUUUUAUUGAAGAACAAAAUAUAUAUUUGUGAGCAUAAAUAACUUCGUAUGAAAACUAACAUUUAUUAACAUAAGCAUAAAAUAUAUCUCUUAUACAUACAUACUUACAUAAUAUGUAUAUAAAAAACAAAAAUUUAGUACGACCUUAUUAAAAACAUUUAAAUCCAUCGAAACAUUGAAUCGUAAAAUUAUCAUAUGAAAGAAAAUAGAAUUCAAUGUUAAAAGUUGUGUGGAAAUUUUCAUUUGGUUUUUAACGUAUGUACUUGAUUAUGCUUUGAACCUUACAAAUAGGCACAAACUAUUUAGUAAUAUGCGCUAAAAUUUACUAAAACAUAUGUUAGUAAUAUUAUAUUAUUAUUUUGUAUAUUUUUUUUUCACUACACCACUAAUUUCACAUUGCGUAGGAUUUUCGUAGCUUAAAAAAUCUUUAAAAAUUGUAGGGAAAAUAAUUUAUUUAUUAAUAUUUCGGUCAAUUUUUUGAUCGACUUGAAAAUACGUACAUAAUAAUUGAAAACAAACAUCCGUUCGUUUGUUCGGGUCAUCGUGUCGUCGCGUCGCGUAUACAAAACACUGUCGUGAUAUACUUAAUUAUUAUAUAAUUACUAAAUAAAGUACUGAAUGAAAGGGUAAAGUCAUUUGUGAAAAUUGCAUGCGAAAUAUACAUACAUGUUUAAAUAGCUUAUUUCUUUUUAUUACUAUUAUUUUUAUUCUAUUUUUUUUUAUCAUUUAUUUUAUAUCAUUUAUUUUAUUAAUUUUUUUAACUAUUUUUUUACAAUAAUUUUUUUUUGUUAAUUAUCGACCAGAAGACUGAAAUUUAAUAUAUUAUAUAUUCUCACAUUAAAGACAUAUUGUUAAUGCAUUUAUAUUUUGUUUACAGUAAUUUUCGUUUUUAAACUAUAAAACUUAUCAACAUAAGAAGUAUUUGUUCCAAAGUGUAGGUGGGUGUUGCACCGAUUUCGAUUUACUUGCACAAAGAAUGAGCAAUAAAAAAGCAUUAUUUUUGGGCAAUAACUUGAAUUAAUUACAUCAAGAGAGAGAAAGAGAGAGAGAGAGACAGUUUUCGAAGCAGAAGUAAAUCAAUUAAGAUCCUAUUAACAAUUUUGGGUGUAUUGUUCUGCAUACAUGCUAAUAUUUCUUGUGUUUUUAAGUUUAUAUAUAUAAUUGUAAUUAAUUUUAUGAAAGCUGAUUGAUUAUAAGCAUAUUAAAUUAAAAAAUUAUGUUUACUGAAAAAUUUUUUCUUUUGUUGGAUAUUAAUUUUUUUCUAAGCAAUUUUGUGCGGUUAAAAUUUAGAUCCAAAAAAAUAUUCAAAAAGUCUAAUUUCUUUAAUUCAAUUAUUUUAUACAUAUGUGAAUUUAUUUCUUGCCUACUGUCAUUUUUUACACAUGCCUUUCAAACUCUUUCAUUCGUGUUGAAACAUUAGCCGCGCGCGUUUCGGGUUUUAUCGGUUUCGCGUUUCGCGUUUUAAUCGUCGUUCGUUCGUUAUAUAUUUCGCUCGGUUAUUAACUCUUCGUCCAUGGAGUAUGCACGUGCAUACUCCCAACUCGUCGUUGAUUCGGUCGUAUAUCGGUUUUAGUGGUCAUCCGGUUCUAUAAGACUUACAACUAACGGUGCGCAUUCAAAUAAAAUGUAUGUUAACAAUAGAAAUGUAUCACUUAAAAAAACUUAAUUUUAUAAUGGCAAUAGUAUUAUUAUAAAAAUAUUUAAGUUUAUUUAGUAAAAUUAUUAAUACUAAAAUAUGCAAUUGAAGCCAGUAAUAAAUUUUUUUAUUUAUUAUUAAUUCGUUUAUUAUAUGAAAUGAAGGUUUAACGGCAAACUGCAGUUAGUUUAUAUGAAAGAACUGUGUUGUUAUACACAAUUUAAUUUAAAUUUAAUUUUUUUUUUUUUAAUAACUAUUAACUUUGUUUAGUUUUCAAUUUGUUUUUUAAACUUUCUAAUUUUUUUUUUAAUCUUUUAUCAUAAAGAAAUUAAUUCUAAAAUUUUAACAAAUCUAGCCUACCUAAAAAUUGUAAUGAAUACUUUGAAGACUUUUAGUAAUUAGAAUUUUGUGAAGAUAUUAACUGAAAACUUAAAAAUGCAUAUGAAAAACUGCAAACAAACUUAAAAAUAUAUAUAUAUUUAUUUUUUUAUGAGUAUAAACUUAAUUGUAAAAUAGUGUUGAAAAACAGAACAAAAAACAUUAAACUGAAAAUGUGGUAAUAUAUUAACUAAUAAAUAGUAACGUUGAAUGGGGGAAUAGAAAUAGGUCUAAUCAAAUAAGUCGCGUUAUAAUAAAAAAUACUCGUUCGUCGUCGCGUUAAUAACUGAUAUUUAAGGAUCUCCGCCCCCGGAUCCCAAUAUAAGAGAAUUGCUACUAAAAAUAAUAUAAUGUAAUAAAAUACUAAUAUUUCAAAAAGUAAGAAAAAAGAAGUCGUGCUUUGUUAGAGAAGGAAUUUUGUGUUUAAUUGUUGGUUUCAAAAUUAAAAAGCAUUAUAAAUGAGCUAUUUUGUAAUGUUGUAGCAUGUCACAAAUUGGAAUGUAUGAGUGCCAAAUUUGCUUAAGUAUAGGUAUGUUUGUAGAGCUUAGUUUUAAACCAAAGCCAAGCUUAUAUUUAUGACUGUUGUCUUCAACGUGUCCACUAUUUUGUUUUAUGUUUUGUUCCAGCACACUUUGGUUAACGUUAAAAACAAAUUACAAAAUUCUCUCUUAUACUCCUUAUGCUCUCUAAGUUUAAAAUAUACAUUAAAUUUCACUGUCACUUACCUCCUUGGACAGAGCACGUACUUAACAAAACAAAACGAAAUUUUUGGGCAUUUAAUUUUAAUGACAAUAGAAUUUACAAUAACAAAAAAAAAGAAAACAACAAAGUCUGGCAUAAACCUAAACAUAAUCACACUGCUAAACAGGGCUGUCUCAAACGUAAUAGCGCUAAUGAUGCUGGGGAAAACAUCCACAAAAAAGUAUUAAAAAUUAAAUGUACCAAAAAUAUUAACAAAAGCAAAAACAAAAAAAAACAACAGCAAACAACUACUAAUUCUUAACUUAAACAAAAAUUAAUAUAAUAUAACAAAAUAAAACGCAAAUAAUCGUGAUUUCGUAUGUACCUAAGCCAAAUUCAUCGCGGAAUUUGGUCGCGUUCGCGUAUAUAUCUCGGGUGAUUUUAACUUAACGGAUAAGUAAAAUAAACAACAAAAAGAAAAUUAUAAUUCAAAUGAUAGGAUUAUUUGAAGACAAACCAUAAAAAUUUAUGAAUUAUAAGUGAAAAAUGCAAGCAAAGUGAAACAAAACCUUAAAAAAAAAUUCAAGCGUAUAUAGGGAAAUUUUCAAUUUUAAGUACAUACUCUUAUAUUAAAGGUAUUUAUUUCAUGUAUUAUUACUAAUGCAUAAAAACUGAAUGAAACUCUUAGUGUAAAUGAAAAAUAUAUGUUUGUGGCCACUCAUUAGACACGUAAAAAAAUAAGUUUUUUUAUUUAGUUUCUUCUAUGUUGUAUACAACUGAAUAUCAAUAUUCUAGAAAAACAAAAAAAAAAAAACACAACAAGGCUGAGCGCG